AUGAAAGUAAAACGAGAAAUCAAUAUAAUGAGGCGGCUGUCCCAUCCUCAUGUAGUUCGCCUAUUCGAGGUCAUUGAUACGAAUACACACAUCUAUGUGGUUAUGGAGUAUUUAAAUUCAGGUGAAUUAUUUUAUUACAUCACCGAAAGAAAUAGACUGCCUGAGGAUGAAGCUCGCCAUUUUUUUCAACAGAUAAUUUCAGGGGUUGAGUAUUGCCACAAUCACAUGGUUGUGCAUAGGGACCUUAAGCCAGAGAACCUACUGUUGGAUUCAAAACGCAAUGUCAAGAUUGCAGACUUUGGACUGGGGAAUAUAAUGCGUGAUGGGCAUUUCUUGAAAACAAGCUGUGGUAGCCCAAAUUAUGCUGCUCCAGAGGUUGUUACUAAUCGGCUUUAUGCUGGUCCUGAAGCUGACGUAUGGAGUUGUGGAGUUAUUCUCUAUGCUCUUAUAUGUGGACGACUUCCUUUUGAUGAUGACAAUUUUCCCGGAUUGUAUGCAAGGAUAAGGAAUGGUGUCUACCAAAUCGCAAAUCACAUGUCAAGAAGUGCAAGUGACUUGAUUGCCAGGAUUUUUGUGGUGAACCCCGUUAACCGUAUAUCAAUCCCUGAAAUACGCCAGCAUCCAUGGUUUCAGGAGCACAUUCCGCGGUACAUAGCUAGGGCUACUGUUGACACAUUAUAUGAUACGACCAAGGUUGAUGAGGAAAUUGUACGAGAUAUGAUUCAAAUGGGAUUUAUUGCACGUGAAGUGAUUGGAUCUUUACUCAAUAACGUUCAAAAUGAGAUCACAGUCACGUAUUAUUUGAUGUUGCAUCGGCAGUUCCAGUCUCGCUUUAGUUAUGGCAAAAAUGACCUUCUAGAAUCUUCUGAACCCCUGGACCAAGCUGAAGUCUACUUAAGGUCAGUUUCCACCGAUGAACAAAGGUGGACACUUGGUUUCAAGUCACAAGCUCCACCGCACCAGACUAUGACAAAUGUGCUACGAGUUUUCCAAAGCAAAAAUGUUCGGUGGAAGUGCAUAGGACCGUUUAACAUGAAAUGUCUAUGGGAAGCUCCAAAUUCCAAAAGUUCAAAAGCCAAUUUCAUUGCUCAGUUCCCCCAAACACCUCAAACAAAAGCUAUCAGUGGCAAAUUACUCCCAAGUUCAGCUGCUACUGAUGACUCUGUCAAAUUUGAAUUACAGAACUGAAAAUCAACUGAGAUCUGGGACUGGGAGAAUUACUUCAUCAGACAAAUCCAAACCCUUAAAUGAAAGCUUUACUGAAUAAUACUGUUUCUGAGCCAUAAUUUUAGAAAUAGUGGUGUUAUUAUAGUAAAAUACUCUUAGAAAUAGUACUGUAACAGGGUGAAAAGAAGUAUAAGGAUA